UCUUGAGCAGAAAAGGACGGUAGAGCACCAAAACAAUUAAAACCAACGCGAGCAAAUGAGGCUCAAAAUUACAAAAACAAGAACAAUUAACUUAUAAGUAACACCUGCCCGCAGCAUAAUUUCAAUUGUCGGUUCAUUGAGCGCACACAUGUUGCUAUAGGACGCCUCAUGGCCUAGCUUUUGACUUCUCUAUCCCUUUAGUUUUGCAUCUUCAUCUUGGUAUUGAAUUGGUAAUCAUGAACUGAAAUUUGGUACUGUAUAAUAUCACAAAGCCAUGUGAAAGGAGACAGGUUGGCUUUGAGUGCUCUCUGUUUUCAUUGGUCAGGAUCACGUGCCAUCAUUGGUCAAUGUUUGUCUCUUUUCCCCAUCUUAGCCCUCUGAAAUGCAAGAUAAAGAGCAAUAUAGGAGUUUAAGAAGUGGGGGGCAUAGGAGUAAAAUCCCCUUUCAGUUUGUGUCCUUUUGGCAUCUCCUAUGUCUGCUGCCAUACUUUACAGCAGCAAGAUGUAAUGUAAAAACUACCCUUUUAAAAGGGUCCUCUUUGGCUCUCAAGAAUCAGGUAGAUCUGAAGAAAGGAAAAGCAAAAAAAAGAACAAAAGUGGCGGUGGUGGAUUGAGAUAUUGAGACAAAGCUAAGAAGCUAUUAUGGCGAUUCUUAAGAGCUUUAGAUUUGGGUUUGUUCUUCAACUCAUGAUGUUAUUGCAGAUCCAUAGUGUAAUCUGCUAUCAGUACAAAGUUGGAGAUUUGGAUGCUUGGGGUCUUCCCGCUACAGAAAACUCACAGAUCUACAUGUAUUGGUCUAAAUAUCACUCUCUCAAGAUUGGUGAUUCUCUCAUGUUCUUGUAUCCGCCAAGCCAAGAUUCAGUGAUUCAAGUUACAAAAGAAUCUUACAACAGUUGCAAUCUCAAGGAUCCAAUCUUGUACAUGAAAGAUGGCAACUCUCUUUUCAACAUUACUGAUUAUGGGGAUUUGUUCUUCACAAGUGGAGUUGCAGGUCAUUGUGAGAAGAAUCAGAAGCUUCAUAUUUCUGUUCUUUCUGGAAAUGGUUCUUCUGCAAGUGCUCCCUCUUCUGAUGGUGCACUUCCUGAGAUCUCUCCCUCUUACCCCACAGUUUUUGGUGGAAUCCCAGCAGCUCCUAAUGCCAAUUCCAGUUCUUCAUCCUCUUCCUUGCUUACAAAAAGCCUUUUUCUUCCUCCUGCUCUCGUUGCUGCAGCUUUUGCUGGAGUAGUGGUUUUGCUUGCAUGAGUUCAAGAUUGAGAUUUAGGGAAUUCUUUUUCACAAUCAUCAUCCUUGUACUAUUACCAUUACUAUUGUUUUUAGAUGAAAUUUGAAUUUGAAUACGAAUGAUGUUUUUUAAUGUACAUGACCCAUUUGCCUGA